UGUAUAUGGUGGAUCUGGAGAAUACUUGCUGGACUUGUAAGCAAUAUGUAUAUAUAUAUAUAUAUAUCCAUGCCAUUCAGAAACAACAGGAUCGAUGUCCAGGAGAAGUUCUUUCUGACUUCAAAGUGAUCGACUUGAAUUGUCGUAUUUAUAGAUUUCGUGUAUGAAAAUUUGAGCCGGACCCUGGAGGCGCCCGUUCCGGUCACCGAAGAGGAGACUCGACUUUGAUAGGGAUAAGGAUUGUUUAGCGCUACUCAUAGAACUGUUGGGUCGCAUGCCUGGCAAGGUCGUCCCAUUAGGAAGACAUUUUAGCGACAAUUUGAAUCUGCAACACUUUCAUAGACGUUACGGUUCUGGCCUUUGCGCAACACGUUGAUAGAAAAGUGGGAUAGUUUCGACCAGGAUCCUCAGGAGCUCGUCGCGCUUCUGGUGCCAUAGCUAGAUUUUGUCCCCGACAAGAAACCUACCGUUGGUUAACGCCGGUAGCAUCCGUGGUUGAGUGCAGUGACUAGUGUGCAAUUGGCAAGUGGGCUCAUAGCAACGACCUCCAGUGGCAACAAGCUGAAGAAUAACUCAAUAUGUCACAAAGCAGUUUUACUAGCAGGAGUAACUGGUUACCCAGCAGUGAAUGAAUCUCGGCCUGGAUCCCCUUCGGAUUCUGUAACUGAAGCCAACGGGAACGACGAAACUCCGAAGAAACUCGUGUGUGAGAGUGAGUGGGAGUGCGUGUGUGCGUGCAAGAGAGGGAGAGAGGGAGGGAGGCUCCUCCUCCUCUUCCUCUUCCUCGGAGCGCUCUCUUCCUCGCCGACUGUGACCAACCAAAACGGCCUUGGCCUUGCUGAAGCUGCUGCUGCUGCUGCUGCUGGGGGAGGAGGUGAAGGUGGUGGUUGAAUGAUCGCGUGCAUGACUGGCAUAUGUACCGGAUCUUCUAAUUAUCACGCACGUCCCACAUUUGCAUUAGUUUAUUGCUCGGCUGUCUGUUGAAUCUCGAUCUGCACUUGGACUCCCCCCCACCCCCGUCCCCCUCCCCCGCUGCUGCUGCAGCAAUGUCUAUAAAAGUUUGGGAUUGGUUGGGGUAGGAGGAGGAUGGCGUUCGUUUUUGGGUCGACUUCAGGAAGAAGUUUGGAUCCCUUUUUGGAUUGUUUCUGGAUCGAUUAUUCUGGGUGACAAGGUGCGUCUGGCGCGAGAGACGACAUGGGAGAAAUGCAGAGAACGUGACGAUCGUCGCAUGUGGCACCUUGGUUUGAACUCCUGCUCCUCAUUUUUAAUGACGAGGAGUGAUUUGAGAGUGAUUUCGGAGGUUUUUCGAUAUGUGUGAGUGUUGUUAUUCUGGGGAAGCGGAUAGUAGUGCAGAGGGGCGGGAUUCGUGCAGAGCCAUAGUUGGCUCAUGCCACCCGAUUCAAUCUCCUGAAUGAAGACUCCUGCAAGUUUUUGAGGUUCAGGGUUGUGGGGUUUGGGGAUUUAUUGGGAGGGCCCGCCCUGAGGAGGGGGAUCACUCAGGGGUUUAGAUUUUUUGAUCGAGGGUGGAGGUGAGGGAAAGGGGUAUGGGGGGAUGGAGAGGGGUGAUUGUGGGCGUGACAUGGGUGUUAGUGGUGGUGGAGAGUGUGUGGAGAAGUAGUGCGCAGCAUCAGUUUGAUCUAGUUCAUCGGUAUGCGCACAUGGAAGGAUCAAGUGCAAGGGCAGGAAAGGAUGGUGGCAUGUCCCUGGACCAUUAUCACACGUUGCGCAAGCAUGAUCAGCGACGACUGCGCCGGAUGCUGCCUGAAGUCGUUUCAUUCCCCAUCAGCGGCGACAAUGAUAUUUUCGCUAUGGGAUUGUAUUACACGAGAAUCUCCCUUGGUACGCCGCCGCAGCAAUUCUACGUAGAUGUGGACACAGGCAGCAAUGUAGCAUGGGUGAAAUGCGCUCCUUGCACCGGCUGUGAGCACUCCGGAGACGUUCCGGUUCCUAUGUCAACCUUCGAUCCUCGAAAAUCAACAACGAAAAUAAGUAUAAGCUGCACAGACGCCGAAUGCGGAGUGCUCAAUAAAAAACUGCAAUGCUCUCCGGAGCGAUUGUCGUGUCCUUAUUCUCUUCUGUAUGGAGACGGUAGCAGCACGGCGGGAUACUACUUGAACGAUGUGUUUACUUUUAAUCAAGUCCCAAGUGACAAUUCAACCGCCAAAAGUGGCACGGCGAGGCUUGUAUUUGGGUGCGGAGGUACUCAAACGGGGUCAUGGUCAGUAGAUGGCCUUCUUGGUUUUGGUCCGACAACGGUAUCCUUACCCAACCAGUUAGCUCAGCAGAACAUAUCUGUUAACAUUUUUGCUCAUUGCUUACAAGGGGAUGUAAGUGGAAGAGGCUCUCUUGUCAUUGGGACCAUUCGAGAACCUGACUUAGUUUAUACUCCAAUGGUUUUUGGCGAGGAUCAUUACAAUGUACAGUUAUUGAAUAUUGGGAUCAGCGGGAGGAAUGUCACCACACCUGCUUCUUUUGAUUUAGAAUACACAGGCGGUGUUAUUAUCGACAGUGGAACCACUCUUACUUAUCUGGUGCAGCCAGCAUAUGACGAAUUUCGAAGAGGAGUGAUUGAUGCUGCACCUACCGCAAUUAGUCAGAUUGGUGAUAACGAAAACAACACGCGAAGUUGUUUUAUUUAUGCUGACAGUAUAGAGGGGAGUUUUCCAAAUGUUACUCUUUACUUCGCUGAGGGAGCGAUCAUGACGUUAAGUCCGAAGAAUUAUCUGUAUAAGCAGAUGCUCACGAGUGGUUUAACAGCGUAUUGUUUUAGUUGGCUCGUAAGUACGAGCCCUCCUGGUUACAAGACUUAUACAAUAUUUGGAGAUAACGUGUUGAAAGAUAAGCUCAUCGUGUAUGAUAACGCGGUUCAGCCCAAAAGAAUCGGGUGGAAGGACUUUGACUGUGCGCAAGGCAUAUCUGUGAGCAGCACUGCCACAAGUAUGCCUGUGACGGUUAUGCCAAGUGAAGCUGGGCCUCCUGGUGCUUCCAACUCCGGCAUCAAGGACCACUCCAAUGGUGCUCUCUCUCCUUGCUGGCUUUUUACUGUUGGAAUUACAUCUUUGCUUUUCCAUCGUUUCUUGUGACAUGAUCACAGUGGUCCUUAAAAAAAAAACAAACACACAAAAAUAAAAUAAAAAAACAAAAGACUGAUGUUUUGGCCCUUUUAUGUGGCAUCAAUUUGACAAAGAAAAUUUCUUACAAUAAAUUAUUCCCUUUUUUCGAACCUCGUCGUUGUAAUAGAAAAAGAAUGGGGAUUCAAGAUGAUGUCCUUGCAAUUUA